AAUAGUGGACGAGGAAGAUAAAAGUCUGGCCAUGGCAUUCAUACCGUACCCGUUGGUGUAUGGGUGGGUAACUAACACGGCGUGCGAGGUAUGGGAGACCAAGUGCGGCAAAACGGGUAAUUGUCUGGUGUAUGACGUGGAUAAGUUUCGCUAUAGACUGAUCGGGUUAACUCUGGGCUUGUAUUUCGUGGCCUCAAUAUUCGACAUAAUAGUGGUAUUCCUAUCGCAUAGAAUCAAAAACCUAUACAACGAUGACGAGGAUGAGACAGACCAUCAUAUUAACAAACUAUCAAAUGAUCACAAGAAAUAAUUUUUGUUUAUAAAUUAAAAUAGUUUUAGGUAAUUGGGAU